AUGUCCAAUGCUGACGUGUGUGCUAUAUUGUGUGAAGAGAUUGGUUAUGAGAGUAUUGAUGAUUUCGAGAGUGACUCUGAUGAUUUAAUAAAAACACAAAAUGCAGACGCAUCAAUUCACAAUGUUGCCGUUGUUGAUGACCAUUUUGAGGAUGAAAUAGAUUUAGGAACGUCUUUACAUGAUUCCUUUGUGAACAUGAUCAAUGAUGACGAUAAUAUAGGGAUUGCUAGAGAAGCCGGGACUUCCGCAGGGUCAGAUGAACAUAUCGCCAUGCGGGUUUCCUCAAAUUUAUUUCCUUCAUUAUUCAAAAACUUGUCUGUGGAUCCGAAGUCUUCUGAAUUUGACAGGGUAAUAUGGAAAACAGGAAAUAUUCAAUAUACCAAUGCUGAAAUUAGCUUUAGAGGCGAUAGUAGCAUAUCCGAUAAUUUGAAGGCUUUGCAAACUCCUUUUCAGGUUUGGUCAUUCCUAUUUCCAGAAUCUUUGGAGCUCAAAAUAGUUGAGCAAACUAAAAUUUACUCCGAACUUAAUGAAGCUUUUAAUUUUGAUUUAUUCGAUUUACGAAAAUUUAUUGGUAUCUUAUUUUAUAUGUCUUACUUCAAUCUCCCUAGUACAAGAGAUUAUUGGUCUGAAAAUGGCAACCAUUGUGUUCCAAUAAUACAAACAACGAUGACUAGGAACCGAUUUGAAAAAAUACGGCAAUUCAUCCACUUUAAUGAAAAAGAAAAUGCUCCAUCUCGAGACGAUCCAAACCGCGAUAGACUAUAUCUCAUUAGACCAUUGAUUGAUACCCUAAACAGAACAUUCGGUAGCAUACCUAAGUUAGACCGAUUGUGCGUUGAUGAACAAAUGUGUUCUUCAAAAAUGAAAAAUUACAUGAAGCAAUAUUUGCCUAACAAGCCUAAGAAAUGGGGGUUUAAAUUAUAUGUCUUAUGUGACUCCACCGGGUUCGCUUAUAAGUUUGAAAUUUUUUCCGGAGGACCUAACAUAUUACUCCAGGAAGAACCAGAUUUGAAGUCAUCUGCAAAUAUUGUUGUUAGACUUUUGCGUGAGGUUCCUCGUUAUCAAAAUCAUAUCGUUUAUUUUGAUAACUACUAUACAACUGUGCCGUUGUUAGUAUAUUUACGAUCUCAAGGUAUACUAUCAAUUGGGACUAUUCGUCGCAAUCGAAUUAAAAACUGCAAACUUCCAAAUGAGAAAUUAAUGUCAAAAUAUGAGCGUGGAACCAGCCGCGAAUACGUUGCUUCAAUUUACGGCGUCGAUGUGACAUCAUUGUCAUGGAAGGACAACAAGAUUGUUAAUCUUGUUUCAACUUACAUCGGUAUGAAACCAAUCUUGAUGAUUGGUCAAAACGAAGAUUUACCUGCAACAUCUUCCUCCAUAAAAAAUCACGAUGAAAAGUCGUAA